UAUUAUAGUUUCAUAAUAAACAAAAAAGCAGUAAUGUUACAACUGUAAUUGAUGAUUAUAAUAUGCCUCAUUGGAUUAACUUAAGUUUUUAUUCUUCAACAAAACAAAUAAGUUAUUCAAAUUUUGUUCCUCGAAUCAAAUUGCCAAUGCCAUUUACAAAAUCAUCAGAAAAAGAAAAAGGAAAAAUUGUGUAUACAAAACGUCCACAUUACAUUAACCAACCUGAUUCAUUUCCUUCACUUUUUAAUUUUGAUGAAUAUGAUGAAUAUAUAUUCAAAUUACCUUCUCAUUCACAAAAUUCUCGCACAACACACAGUUUACAACGUCAUUCAUCAAGACGAAAGGCAACACUUCCAUCUAACAAUCACCCUCGUACCAUUCUUCCAAGAAGGAUGUCAGAAGAUAAAACUUCAACGACUUGUUUUGUGGCUUCAGAAACAAUUCCAGAGCCAAAAUCUGUUUAUGUGCCAUCUCCAGCUAUUACAAUUCCACUUCCAAAUUCACAAAGCAAUAUUUGUUAUUUAUCAUCAUCUUUGGGAACACCUUACGUUCCUGUUAGAGAAGUGACUUUGAAACGACCUCUAUCAAGAGACGAUCUUGAUCCUGAUUUUUCACCACCUUUUCGCAGUAUUGUUGGAAGUGCUGAUUCACAUGAGCAAAUAAAUACUCAUAAAAUUAUUCAUUGUCAUUCACGAGCUUUAGUUAAUCCAUUUGAUCCAUCUCACGUCACCAUAAAACUGACUUCAAAUAGAAGACGCUGGACACAUGUAUUUCCACUAGGACCAACUGGAAUAUUUAUGCAACAGCAUCAUUACCAAGCAGUCCCACAUAACACAGCUGCAACAUUAAUUCCAGCCGACAUGGAUAAAGAUUUAGUUCUUAGCCACGAAUUGUUACCUGUUUCUAUUUUAACAUCAGAAAAUUUUUGUAAAAAAAUUACUAGUAAUGUAAAUCAUUUAUCUACUUCAGAAGAUAUUUUUGACAAUGAAAGAUAUCAUCCAGAUGGGAAAAAAGCAAAGGAAAUGCAUUCUUCUGCCAGUUCUGCUAGUUUAAGUGGAGCAGAUAAUAUAAUAAGGAUUCGAAGUUCGACACGAACAUCUACAAUAAUUCCUCCUGAACCUCCCUCAAAUCGUAGUACUUCUUGGUUAUGGGGUGCUACAGGUGAACAAGAAUGGACCCCAGCAUUAACUACAGGUGUAGAUUGGAAGUCACUUGUUAUACCUGCUUGUCUUCCAAUAACUACUGAUUAUUUUCCUGAUAAGAGAAGUUUGCAAAAUGAUUAUGUUGUAUCUGAUUACUUUUUAUUACCUGAAGAUAUUAGUAUGGAUCUGACACAGAGAAGAUGUUAUCGUGACAAUGAAGAUUCUGUUCAUCAUGCACCUAUGAAAACUUCAGACGUUUUUUGUGAAUUGAUUUGCCAAAGACUACAGCAAGGAUUUCAAAUUAUAGUAUUGCCAAGACAACAAAUGUCUUGUUAUUCACAGAUGAAUUCUAAUUCCAGUCCACAAUUUGCUUUACCUAGUCUAAUAAGAGGACGUUUUCACUUAGAUCAACCAGAAGAAGUUUUAAUGAGUAUUGGUAGGAUAUUUCACAAAUUAACUCUUGAUGAUCUUACAAUUACUGUUACUCAAUAUCGUCCAAGGCAUCCUUAUCCAGUUGUCAAUAUUCAUUAUUGUUAUCGGUUUCAUGCACCUGACAAUGACACUUAUGGUGUAUCCUGGGUAGAUUUUGCUAGUGAAAAGUUAGAAAAUUACAAAUGGAAUUAUAUUGAUCAUUAUAUCUGUUUAAGAGGAGAAGGAGGAUUUGAACUAAAUGAGUCUUUGAAAUUUUGGCGACUUCGGUUGUUAAUUCUACCUGGUGUUCAGUCAGCGACAAGACAAAUUUUAGAAGGUGAUACACAUUGUGAUAUUUACAAUGAUAUUACCCAAGAAGAAAAAAUUCAACAAAGAGAGGGUUUUCUAAAACUACUUGAAAAUUUAAAUAGACUACGUAGACAUCCAAAUACACGAAAAAAGUUGCCGUAUAGUUCAGAAAAACGUAGAUUUAGUCUAGGUCAUACUUUACCUUCUCAGAGUAAUAUUAGUGGACAAGGCAUGGGAAAUUCUUUUCGUGAACGAGUAGGCAGUAACAGAAUACACGAUCGACCGAGAUCUCGUUCUGGAUCAAAAGCAAUAGAAAGAAUCAGGAUAGAUUUUUCUGGAAGUGGAAGAAUUUCUCCUGCUGCUGAAGCUGAUGCUAAACUGGCUGGUUCUAGUUCUUCUCUAGAAAUAACACAAGAAUCAAACACGGGAACUAGUGAUGAUAUAAAUGAAGAAUCAAAAUGGCUGAAUCUUAAUUCCCCAUUAUCUAAUGUGAUAGAAGUUAUGAAGCAUCCUAUCGAUGGCUUAACUUUCCUAACUAAUCAAGCUAGUUUACCUCCUUGGACAUUUAUUAGUGGUGAAGCUGUAUUUUGGUUAAAAGAGCAUGUCGAAGAUGUUGUUUCAGAUUUACAAGCCAUAAAAAUAUUACAGGAAAUGCAAAAGAAGAAAUUAAUAUGUCAUGCAUCUGGUGAAUCUAGAUUGGAAUUUUUUCAUGGAUUCUAUCUUUAUUAUAUUGUACCUCAAGAAAAAGAUAUAGAUAUUGAAUGCCAAACUGGUGAUCUUGAAAUGUUUCAAAAAGAAUGGUUAGAAGUUGAAUUAUUACCAAUUAAGCAUCCCUCAGAUUCUGAAACUGGAGUUAAUUGGUCUCUCAAUAGUGAUAUUGAUAACACUUAUGAAUUAUCGGAUGGAGAAUCUCGUUUGCAGUUAAAGAACACUAAUAUAGACAUAGAUGUUAGCAAAAAAAGUGAAAGAGUAGAAUGGGGUCAUGCUAAAUAUCAUAGCAUAUUUCAACCUGCUGAAGCAUUUGAAAUUACAAUAGAAUGGAUGGUUGCUACUGGAAAUCUUCUUGCAGAAUUGGUUCAAGGAUGGGCUAGAAAAGCAUCUGCUUCUAAUCUUCAAUUAGUGCCAAUUCCAAGUGAUCCUUUUGCUUUGCCAUUUUCUACGAAAUCUGAUCCUCUAAGAGGACCAAUUUUCAUUCCUUUGAAUUUAGAAUGUUUACCGGAAGCUGAAGUUCGUUUAUUAAAAGAAGAGGGCCUCAUCUCAUUUCAAGAGAACAUCUUAAAAAAAUUUGGAUUCAUUCUUCAUCGAGAUCCCAACAAUACGGGUCCUUCCCAAUAUGUACAUAUCAGCGGAAGUAUGUUUGUCAUCAUUACGACACACAGUUCUAACGACCAACAUAAUUAUCGUAUUAGGGGCGGAAAGCUUGAAAAAGAAGAACUGUAUAGUCCCCACGAACAGUACAUUACUAGACAUUUUAGUGGUUUGGUAAAAAAUGAAAUGCCUUCCAGAUCAAAAUUUAAGGUUGGAUUUCUCUGGUCGUGGAACUACAUGAUAACGAAACGUUGGAAGUCACCGGCCACUGGCGAUGAACAGUUCAUGAGGAAAGUGAUGAACAAUUUUCAGAUGUUCUGUGCCAAUAAGAAUGAGAGAUUAAAAAAUUUUUGGAAUGAAACUUUUGCAGAAGAAGAUGAUCCAUUAUUGUAUAUGGAACAAUAGGACGAAAUUAAUUUAAAAAUAACUUAAUACUCAUGCAUAAUUUGUUUAAUUGUUAAUUUAUGAAUAUUUUAUAAUG